AUGAUAGUAGUGAAUUCUGAGAAAGGCAGGAUCUCCAUGCCAUUCUUCUUCAACCCUGCUCACUACACCAUUGUGGAACCUUUGGAAGAGCUGAUAGAUGAUCAAAACCCUGCAAAGUAUAAGCCAUAUAACUGGGGGAAGUAUUUCGCAAACCGAAAACACAGUAAUUUCCAGAAGCUUGAUGUUGAAAAUAUUCAAAUCUAUCAUUUCAAGCUCUCAAAGAAAUAUGGUUAA